AUGUCCUUCUCAUUUGGCUUUUCUGGAGACGACAUAGAGCACGACGUCGAUGAGUCUCUCACACAAAUCCCAGCCAUCACAUCCCAAACCCAAGCCCCAGCCUCAUACAGCGCUUUCCCCGUCGCCGGCAAGCCCCAGAUACCAGCAACUCGCCACGCCCUAUCCGACUUUCUCUCACAGCUGCCAUCCAAACUCGCCUACGAUCUGCUGGACAUCGACGUAGCCGACGAUGGCGCCAGUGAGACUCGCCUGCGGCUGCCUCGCCGCGAACUAUGGGAUGUAAGGGUGCAGCUCAUGGCUGAGGAUGACGAGGUGGUCGAUGGUGAGGAUCGGGUCGACGAUGGAGGGCUGGGGAAGCAUGAUGUCAAGACGGGCAUCUAUGAAGGCGGCUUCAAGAGCUGGGAGAGCAGCAUUGAUCUCGUCAAGGUGCUUGCUGCUCAGGAUGAGCUGACUGCCGCUCAGCAGGCUUCGUCCUUUCGUGUAAUCGAGCUGGGUUGUGGAACUGCUCUCCCCUCCCUUGCAAUGUUCACUUGGAUUAUGCAAAGACAAUCACGCAAUCAAUGGCAUCAAAGGCCCUGCUCCUUCGUAUUGGCCGACUACAACCCAUCUGUCCUCCGCCUCGUCACCUUGCCCAACUUUGUUCUCGCCUGGGCCCUCCAUAACACACAGGAUCCGGUUCUCCAGGACGCCUUCAGCAUCGAAGGUGAGCUUGAACUAUCGCCCAGUAUAGUCCAAGCUUUCGAGCAGUUCCUCUCAUCCAGCAGUAUUGACUUGUCCUUCAUCUCCGGAGCAUGGUCCCCCGAGUUCAUCAGCUGCCUGUACGAUUUGCCAGCCUUCUCAACUGGCCUGCCAGCACCAACGACACUCAUGGUGGGCGCAGAGACCAUCUACUCCCCAUUUGCCCUGCAGGCAUUUACACAAACAAUCUUUACCAUCCUAGAACAAGAAAGGGGCUCUGGUGCUACAGCAGCUGCAUAUGUAGCCGCAAAAAGACUAUACUUUGGAGUUGGUGGCUCGCUGGACGACUUCAUCGAAGCGGCCCGGUCAAAAGGCGCCACAGUUUCAGAGCUAAGAGAGGAGAGCGAGGGCGUACGACGCGGUGUUGUUCACUGCAUCUUGCAGCAGCAGUCAUGA